AUGAGGUGCGCCAGGACUGGUACAUAUAUACUACUCAUAAGUGCUGACAAAACAGCAGCCUCAUUAUUUAAUCACGUAAAUCAAGUAGUAGAAAAAUUUAAAAUUGAACGCAAAUUAGUGGCACAAACAUAUGACGGUGCAGCAGUAAUGUCUGGUCAUUUAAACGGUUUGCAAAGUAAAGUUUUAGAGAAAUAUCCUAAAGCUAUGUUUACUCAUUGUUAUGCACAUGUUAUUAAUUUAAUACUUCAACAAUCAUUAGAAUGCAACAAGGAACUUAAAAUAUUUUUUCGAGGUCUUAACUCUUUACUUGUUUUUUUUUCUCAUUCUCCCAAAAGACUAAAAGCACUUUCAGAAUUUAUGACUAAAAAAUUACCCACAUUGGGUACUACUCAUUGGAACUUUACUUCACGAUUAGUUCAUACAGUUCAUAAUCAUCGAACAUCAUUGAUUGAUUUUUAA